AUGUCUCUGGAGGCCGAUAUCGAUGGAAAUGACUGUCUCAGCCUUGAGGUACCAGUACACGUGUAUCUGUUGUUGCUCGAAACACCACCAUUCUCACCAACAUGCGAACAUGGCGCUCACUUGCAUACAGUAGAACAGACCAUGGCAGACAAAGACAACUCGGCCAACAACCGGCUUCGGUCCGCUCUGUUUGGUGGUGGCAGAAGGAAGGCGGCCCCAGCCGUCUCCAUUCGAUCGAACAAACUUUGGCAUGCACAGACCAGCAAGUACCGGUAG